AGUGGCGGCCCCUACGCCGUUGGCCUUGGUUAACACCUCUCUCUCUAUCUGUCGCCAAAGCCAAGCCACCUCUCUCUUUCUCUUCUCUCUCUCUUUCCAUGUAGUAUUAAAAAGCCAAGCCACUAACAACCAACAUAAACCAAAGCAAAUAGAUAAGAACCAAACCCAAACCCAAACUCAGAAAAGCAAGAUUUUCUGUGUUCUCUUUACAAAAGACAAUUAGUUCUCUCUCUCUUUCUCUAACAUGGAGGAGCUAUUGUCAUGGCUUAAGCUCCUUUCUAUCUCUUUCAUUCUCCUCAUUUUUUUCCUCAAGGCUUUAAUCUUGCUCUGGUGGAGACCAAGAAAAAUUGAAGGCCAUUUCUCCAGACAAGGAAUCAGAGGACCCCCUUAUCGUUUCUUCAUUGGAAAUGUUAGAGAACUUGUGGGGAUGAUGUUGAAGGCUUCUUCUCAACCUAUGCCUUUCUCUCACAACAUUCUCCCUAGAGUACUCUCCUUCUACCAUCACUGGAAGAAAAUUUAUGGUUCAACAUUCCUAGUUUGGUUUGGACCCACUUUUCGUCUCACAGUCUCUGAUCCAGACCUCAUUAGAGAAAUCUUCACAUCCAAGUCAGAAUUUUAUGAAAAAAAUGAAGCUCCCCCACUUGUGAAGCAGCUAGAAGGUGAUGGGCUCCUUAGCCUCAAAGGAGAAAAAUGGGCUCACCACAGAAAAAUAAUAUCACCCACUUUUCACAUGGAAAAUCUCAAAUUGCUGGUGCCGGUGAUGGCAACAAGCGUGGUGGAGAUGUUGGAGAAGUGGGCUGCAAUGGGUGGCGAAAAGGGUGAGGUGGAAAUAGAAGUUUCUGAGUGGUUUCAAACUCUAACAGAAGAUGUUAUCACUAAGACCGCGUUUGGAAGCAGCUACGAAGAUGGCAAAGCCAUUUUCCGCCUUCAAGCCCAACAAAUGGUCUUAGCUGCUGAUGCUUUUCAAAAAGUUUUCAUUCCAGGUUACAGAUUCUUUCCCACAAGGAGGAAUAUAAAGUCUUGGAAACUGGACAAGGAAAUUAAGAAAUCACUAGUGAAGCUUAUUGAAAGAAGGAAGGAGAAUUCAUGUGGAGUGGAAAAAGGACCAAAAGAUUUGCUUGGGUUAAUGAUUCAUGCCUCCAAUACCAGCUCCUCCAAUGUCACAGUAUAUGACAUUGUGGAAGAGUGCAAGAGCUUUUUCUUUGCAGGCAAACAGACCACAUCCAACCUGCUGACGUGGACAACCAUUCUCCUUGCUAUGCACCCACAUUGGCAGGUACAGGCACGUGAGGAGGUCCUCAAGAUGUGCGGAGCACGUGACCAGCCCACCAAAGAUCAUGUUGUCAAGCUCAAGAUGCUGAGCAUGAUUGUGAACGAAUCUCUAAGACUGUACCCGCCUACAAUCGCCACAAUCCGACGGGCGAAAAAGGACGUGGAUCUAGGUGGCUACAAGAUACCACGUGGGACCGAGCUCUUAAUUCCAAUCCUGGCCGUUCAUCACGAUCAAGCCAUAUGGGGUAACGAUGUGAACGAAUUCAAUCCUGGCCGUUUCUCUGAAGGUGUGGCCCGCGCAGCGAAGCAUCCUGUGGCGUUCAUACCUUUUGGCCUCGGUGUGCGCACAUGCAUAGGACAAAACCUCGCAGUGCUGCAAACAAAACUGGCCCUGGCAAUGAUACUGCAGCGUUUUAGUUUCAGGUUGGCCCCUAGUUAUCAGCAUGCACCAACGGUUCUGAUGCUACUUUACCCUCAGUACGGUGCUCCAAUCAUUUUCCAACAUUUGUCAACACUUGAUGAUUCUCCUCAUCAAGGGUCCUCAUAGGAUUGAGAGAUUCUUCUAUCUUGCAUAUAUAAUGUGGCUUGAGUUUUUGGGACCAAAUUACCCCCCUUAAUGGCUUUUUCUGAAAAUUUGAAGAAAAAAAGUUAUAUAUAAAGCAAGUAAGUCGGUGUAGCAGUUUGAAUUUCAUCGCUUAAGUAGUUAGAUGAGGUUCGAAUCUCAACUCUUGUGAACAUGAAAAAAAUUUCUUGAUCAGCUUUAUACUAGUGCGUCUGGCUGUGGAGAGGGGUUAGUCUCAUGGUUUCCGAUUAUGGAAUAUUUGGGUAAAAAAAAGUAAAAGAGAAGUGUGGUGAGUAAUUUACGGCGGUGCCCUUUUUCAUUUGUCUGCGGACAUUUAUCCCAUGUUUUUUUCUUCCUCUUCAGAACAUACUAACUCUAGCAUGUGAGGUUUGGUUUGAUUCUUGGCCAAAAGUGUCUAUUGCCAGUUGCAAUGUAUCUAGUAGUGCCACUUAUAGGAGUGAAAAAAAAUCAGUAGAUGGCUAACAAUUUGCUAGAUAGGUGCUUUAACAUGUGUAUGUUGAUGUGUAUAUUUUCCCUUCAAUUUUUUGAUUUUAUAAAGAUUUGUAAUUUUGUAAUGCAUUCUUGGCUAUUUGAUUGUCAAUUACCAGUGUAACUAUUGGUUCUCUUAUGGUUAUUAAAUGCUCUUUGUCCCCA